CCUCCUCCUCCUCCUCCUCCUCUCAAACAAGCCAGUCGGUCUGUCAAUGCGCUGCGAGCAUUAGGGCAAGUCAAAGCAGUGGGAUUGUGAAGCAGAGAGACGGAUGAGAUAACGAAUGAAGCGCUUUCCUGCGGCCGAGAAGCGAAUCCAAAUGAUGCGCCACAUCUGAGAGGCGUCAAUUUCCAAACCGGGGGACCGAUGAUCACAACUCGCCUAUUAUUUCCUUUUUUGUUUUGAAAAAAAAUCACUUCACAAGUUUCACGUUGGCCUUUUGCGACACCACCAGAGCGGAGAUGCUUUUCUAGCUCUUUGGUUUGUUUCUCCCACUUUGCUUCUGUAGAAUUGAUUCUUGGACUUGUCAUCAAUUCGGAUCUUGAUUUUUUUUAAAUUUUAUUCUUAUUCUUUAUUUUCAACGAAUCCGUUGCUUAAGGAUUUGCGGAUUUACAGCCCGUGUUGAACCUGUGUGUCCUACAAAGAGGAGAACGAGGACUGCGAUGCGCAUUGACUAAGCCCACCGAGCAUCAACAUGUCUUUAUGGGGAGGAUGGAGCCGCGGACACGAGUGACAUCUUUCCCGUUUUAAACGCCUUUUGGCGACUGUCUCCUCCUAACGGACUGACAAUAUCUCCCCUCAGCGCGGCCUGACAUGUUGGAGGGUAGAUAUUCUUUGGAGAAAAGAAGGUAAUGGGAAAGAAAUCACACAGAGUCGGCACGGACAACAAGGGAACAUUGUUCGGGAAAAGACAAUUAGGGUGCACUGAAAGGCAACAGAAAUAGCUGUUGGGUGGCGAUAAAUGUCCGAAAACUCGAUUUGGUGGAGUUAUAUUUGAGCCGAGGAGCAGUGUUUGGGAGAGAGAGAGAAAAAUAAAGAGGACUAACGACAAAUUGAUGGGAAAGUCAUGGGAUUGGCACUGAAAUAGUAGGCUACGACCGCGGACGCGCACAAUCCCCGUCGUUUUUUUUUUGGAGAUCCAGACGCGCGGAUUGAACAAGUUUCUCCUGCACAGUCCGCUUUGUUUUGGUGCUUCGAUCCAGUCCAAUUUUGCCGGAUUCUUUCAUUCCAUGAGGUUGUUGUACGCUGCGGGCUUUCACUUCACACUUUGACCGCCUCUACCUAUAAACCUGCUCGGCUGCAGUCGCACCUCCAUUGUUUAGAGAGAUCUCCUCGCUCACAAAGCAUCGAGUACUCGGAAGAAGCUAGAAAAAAAAAAUAAAAAUAAAUAUAUAUAUAUAUAUAUAUAUAUAUUUUGCCCAUUUUCUUUUAAAUGGGGCUGCAUGGGCUGGGCGAAAGGGUUGAAAUGGCGUGUCGAAGAUGUGGGGAUGGAUUGGGGAUCCUGCUGAUAUUCUUACUGGAUUUACUGGCGACGACGGCCAGCAAUAUGGAGCCCAUCUACUGGAAUUCCCUGAACGAGAGGUUCAGGGACGAUAAGGGCUACGUCCUGUACCCUCAGAUCGGGGAACGGCUGGACCUCAUCUGCCCCCCGCUGGACACGGCCAGGUCCACGCCCGAGUACGAGUUCUACAAGCUCUACCUGGUGUCGUUGCGGGAGCAGGCGGACCGCUGCGAGGUGACCGGCCCGCCCAACAUCGUGCUGACCUGCGACGAGCCCACCCGCGAGCGCCGCUUCACCAUCAAGUUCCAGGAGUUCUCGCCCAACCUCUGGGGCCACGAGUUCAAGAGCAUGCACGACUACUUCAUCAUCGCUACGUCAGAUGGGACGCGUCAAGGCCUGGAUAGCAUGAGAGGCGGAGUGUGUGCCACGCAAGGCAUGAAGGUGGUCCUGAAAGUGGGGCAGAGCCAAUAUGGGCUGCCCCCGAAGAAGGAGCCGCCAGCAGGACGCACCACCAGCAGAAACCCAGGCGGAGCGGGGAACUCCACCCAGUCCCGAGGGACGAACAGCUUCGGGGGUGAGGGCGGUGGUGAGAACGGGCCCCUUCAGCCCUCCAACAUCGCCCUGAUCGCAGGGGCCGCGGGGGGCUCGGCCUUCCUCCUGCUGGUGACGGCCGUGAUCUGCGUGGUGUGCUACAGGCGGCGGCACGCCAAGCACUCGGACACCCACCACCCGCCACUGUCGCUGUCCUCGCUCACCAGCCCCAAGCGGGGAGGGGGCGGGGGCCUCGGCAGCUCCAACAACAACGGCUCCGAGCCCAGCGACAUCAUCAUCCCCCUGCGGACGUCAGACUCGGCCUACUGCCCGCACUACGAGAAGGUGAGCGGAGACUACGGACACCCCGUCUACAUCGUCCAGGAGAUGCCGCCGCAGAGCCCAGCCAACAUCUACUACAAAGUAUGAGACGGCCGCUGCUCCGGCCGACUGGACACACCCACCUCCUUCUGACCAUUACCAACCAAUCCCCCCGCUCCAAAUGAAGCCACAGUAAAGCUAGCCAUCACAGCUCCGACCCUGAACCCCUCAAUACUACCAGUAUUGUCCCAUUACCCACCCGCCACCUACCCACCCACCCACCCACACACACACACACACACACUCACUGCCCUGUGAGCCCCGCCACAGUUGUGUUCCAAGCUGAAUAACCCCCCCACCCCCCACCCCAUUCUCACACACUGGGCCACAAAGUGUGUGUUAAGGGCACAGUCGUAUUGGUACAUAGCCCUUUUUAACAAGGCCCUCACGGAUGGGCAAGAGCCUCUGAGAGCCCCCUUUCUUGUUAACUCAGAGCAAAACGAGACCCACCCGUGCAGAAUUGAAGAGUCGUCCCCGUAACGCCAGCGUGUGUUCGUGUGUGUGUGGCGACACACUUUGUCUCUAGGAGGAUGGACCUGGCGUUGGGACUUGCGCUGUUUUACAAAAGAAAAAAAAAAUAGAGAAUUAAAAGGACUUCAACAAAAGAAAAACGACACCCUUGAUCCCACUUAGCGCGGGAGAACUCUGAUUCCCAGAGGCCAUACCUGCCUAGCCCACCGACCCCACCCCUCAGAGCUCCAUCAGCCAACCAGAGACCGGCCCCUUCCACUAACUCACCAAUAGGAUUCUAGUUUGUUUGUGAUUGUUUCUCCUGAGAAAAAUAGGGGGCCUCGGACUCACCCAAUCAGCAAGCCCGGACAGCGGUCACAUGACCCCCGGGCCCAGGCCUGAGCCUGAGGAGGUCUGACCAAUCGGUGACACUUAGAAUCUUGUAUAUUUUAAUAAUGUAUGUGUGUGUGUGACAAGUGCGAGUGUGCAUACACAUUGGAUAAUAAUUAUGGCGCUGCUGCUCCACAUUAGACGUGUGUGUGCGGUUAGUGUGCUUCAGUACAGCGACUUUUGCAUAUGAGUUUGCAUAUGCGCGCGUGGGGUUCAGUUUGUGUGUGCGUGUACGCUUUGUGUGUGAGUGAGUGUGCGUACGCGUGCGUUCUUUAGACUUGUCUUAAAUACCAAAACACAAAAUAGUGAGCGAAUAUCAAAAAAGUGAGAUUUUUUAUCGCUAUCAACACUUAUAGAUUAUAUAUAUGAAUAUCCAGUAAAUCAUUUCUAGAUGUUUUUUUUUCUCCUGUUUUCUAUUGUUUUAUUAUUUUUACCCGCUCUGUUAAACUACACUUCUGUUGCUAGACAUUUUUUAUCUGCUGUUUUUGUUUUUCACAAUUUAGAACGACCUUGUUUCCUUCCUUUUCCCUUUGCAUUGUAUAUUAAUUUAAUCCCUUUUUUUUUUUUAUUCUCCCGGCGAACAGAGGUUGUGUCUCUCUUCCCUCUCCCAUUCACUCCCUCCCCCCUUUUUCCCCCCCCCCCCCCCUCUCUAGGGUCUCUGAACUCUGUGUAUAUUUUUAUAGCUCCUUGUACUAUGCUGUAGUUUUGAAGUUUAGACCUCGUUUGUGGAAGUGUUGAGGUAGAACCAUCUAUGAAAGUUUUUUUUUUUUCUGUUCAAACGCUUUUUUGAAACGCAGAAGUGAAAAGAAGUGAGGGGCGGGGGGGGUUGAUGGUGGGGAAGUGCGGGGGAUGGGGGGUGAGAGGAUGAAAUGAAAAAGAAGAAUAAAGGGAAAAGAACAGGGUGAGAGAGAGAGAGAGAGAGAGAGAGAGAGAGAGUGCUGUCUGGGGAGGAGGAAUAAAGCAGCGUCUGAAUGCAGAACUUAAAAAAAAAGAAAGGGAGGGAGGGAGACAAGGGAAGAAAAGACUGUGAAGAAAUUGCACACUAAAGAAAAAAGAAGCUGAGGGGAGCGGCAGGAGUGAGAGAUGAAGGAUCCCAAGGAAAGAAGGAUGGAGGGAGCAAAUGACAAGAGUGGCUGGCAGAGGAGAGAAACAUUUUCUUUGAACGGAGUGGUUUUCGAGCCGACGGA